AUGGCACCGACACUCGCUUUCAAACCUCAGAGUGCGGGACUGGCGUGGAGAGCAGCUGUUUUAUCGUCGUCGUCUUUCGCUUCAUCGUUUGAGGCUUCGAGUUCGGAGGGGGUGUACGCGCGGCAUGCGUUCGCGAAGAGGGAUUUAUCGGUAAACCAUACUCAGGGUGUUACGCUGGGGGUAAUAGGAGCGUAUGUGGUUGUUAUUGCGUUGUUGUGGAAUUUACCGUAUGUGAGGUGGGUUUUGUGGCCGUUUAAGAUGCUCGUUAUCGCCUUCCACGAAUUCUCUCACGCAAUCACUGCCGUAUGCACCGGCGGCCGCGUCGAAUCUAUCUCGCUCGAUCCCCACGAAGGCGGCGUGACCCACAUGCGCGGCGGCAAGCAAAUUGUUACGCUGCCCGCUGGCUACCUAGGCUCCUCGCUCAUCGGCGCCCUGCUCACCUUUUGCGGCUUCAACAUUGUCGCGUCCAAGGUAGCGAGUAUCGUGCUAGGCGUGUGCUUUUUGCUCACGCUGUGGUGGGCGCGCAAGGAUUGGCUGACCAUUUUGACGAUUUUGGGGAGUGUGGGGUUGUUAGUUGGAUUUUGGUUUAUUGAGCAUGGGGAGGCAUUGAGAUUUUUGGUUCUAUUCAUUGGCGUCAUGUCGUCGCUGUAUAGCGUCUGGGAUAUCUGUGAUGAUCUUAUUCUGCGCAAGGUGAAUUCUUCAGACGCGAGUGUCUUUGCGAAGCGCUACGGCGGCUCCUCGCAGUGCUGGGGCGUCAUUUGGUCGAUUGUCUCGCUGCUGUUUAUGGUUGGUGGUAUUUUGGCUGGUUUGGCGGCAUUUAAGCAGAGUUUUGAACAACAGCAGAAGGAUAGUCAGGGGUUCAUUCCUACGAUGCGGUAA